GACUGCAAGAAUUCACGAACUUCCUGUUCCAGCACAACAGAGUGAAAGCAAGAGAAGGAGCAUUGAGUGCCUUGUCAAAGCAAAGGCACCGAGAAAAGCGUCUUGCUGGAGACAAUGUGCAUAAGCUGCAGAGAAUGGAGGAGCUGAUAGGAGACAGGAGAUUUGUUGAGGACAAGAGGAGCUUGAUAAAGACGCCAUAUGAUGUCCAGGCCAACAACCAAGAACAUGACUCGCCCACGUCCACACAUCAGAUCCGCUCAGUCCAGCACGGCUCUCCAUGUUUCAUCUACACCCUGGCUUUUUUCUCGGCUCUGGGUGGAUUCCUGUUUGGCUAUGACACAGGAGUGGUGUCUGGAGCCAUGCUCCUGCUCAAGAGGGAGAUGAACCUCAGCUCUCUGUGGCAGGAGCUGCUGGUGUCCAUCACUGUUGGUGCCGCGGCCGUUUCCUCUCUGGCUGGAGGGUAUCUCAACGGACUCUUCGGCCGGAGAAUCUGCAUACUGCUCGCUAGCUUCAUCUUUUCUGCUGGAGGAAUCAUCAUGAGCGUCGCACACAACAAAGAGGUUCUUCUGUGUGGGAGGCUUACGGUUGGGCUUGGGAUAGGAAUUGCAUCUAUGACCGUGCCCGUCUACAUCGCUGAGGUUUCACCUUCUGAACUCCGAGGUCAGCUGGUCACUAUUAACACCCUGUUUAUCACCGGUGGCCAGUUCGUAGCUAGCGUGGUGGAUGGGGUCUUUAGCUACCUGCCCCAUGACGGCUGGAGGUAUAUGUUGGGUUUGUCAGUUGUUCCUGCUGCGCUGCAGUUCCUGGGGUUCCUCUUCCUCCCGGAGAGUCCUCGCUGGCUCCUGCAGAAAGGAGAUACCCAGAAUGCUCGGCUGGUGCUCAGUCGAAUCCGCGGCGGUGUAAAUGUGGAUGAAGAGUAUGAGAGCAUACGGAGCAGCAUUGAGGAGGAGAAGAUUGAUGCUGGAGAGGGUCCAGUGUUGUGGCGUAUCCUGACGUUCGCUCCAGCACGGCGUGCUCUGAUCGUGGGUUGUGGCCUACAGAUGUUCCAGCAGCUCUCGGGAAUCAACACGGUCAUGUACUAUAGCGCCACCAUACUGCAGAUGUCUGGAGUACAGGACGAUCAGAUGGCCAUCUGGCUGGCUUCUGCCACAGCCUUCACCAACUUCCUGUUUACUCUAGUAGGCGUGUGGCUCGUGGAGAGGGUGGGCCGCAGGAAGCUUUCUCUGGGCAGCAUACUAGGUACUGCUGUAAGUCUGAUGGUUCUCGCUGCGGGUUUCCUGCUCUCGGCUCAGGCCUCUCCACCCGUGACCUUUCACCCCAAUGACCCCUCCCUCCACAACUCCACCUGCAUUACAUAUAGGUUCUGUGAAUCCUGCAUGUUGAAUCCAGAUUGUGGUUUCUGUUAUGGUAAGAAUGGCACAGCCGUGGUUGAGUCGUCAUGCAUGCCUGUGGACGUGGCCAACACUGAAGCAGCUGCGGCGGGCAGGUGUUCCAAUGGCACGCAGGAGAGUGCAGGUGUAUUCUGGGCCUUUAACUACUGCCCAACAUCUUACUCCUGGAUUGUUCUGCUGGGUCUCGUUCUGUAUCUGGCCGCCUUUGCUCCAGGUAUGGGUCCUAUGCCGUGGACGGUGAACUCUGAGAUCUAUCCGCUGUGGGCUCGGAGCACAGGGAACGCCUGCUCUGCCGGGGUCAACUGGAUCUGUAACGUCCUUGUGUCUCUGACCUUCCUCCAUGUGGCCCAGUACCUGACAUACUACGGUGCGUUCUUCCUGUACUCCGGUCUGGCUCUGCUGGGCUUUGUGUUUGUGGUGGGCUGUCUGCCGGAGACCAAGGGUCUGCGUCUGGAGGAGAUGGAGUCUCUGUUCGGGAGACAGCUGUGCAGCUGUGGAGCCGGCGGCAGUCAGAGCGUUCAUUACAUCCGGGUAAACGGAGGAAACUGCCGCUCUGAUGAAGACGUUACUGAUGAUGAAUAGACACUGAUGAAGAUGAUUCAUGGUGUGAGGGAUGCUGUGGUUGCCAUUCCAGAGAUUCAACGUUCAAGUUGACUCAUGUUUUAAAACCGCAAUUGUGUCAAUAAUGGAUGCGAUUAAUUAAUUGUUUGACAGCACUAGUUGUGUUUAAUUCAGUGUGUUACGUGCUGUUUCUUUGUAUUUAUUGAAAUUUGUUUCACACUUAAUUGUUUCAAAUCAAAAGUUUCUAUACAGUUCUUCUUUUUUCUUCUGGGUUUCAAAAGUAGGUUUUGGUACAUGCAUCAAAUUAGAUUAAUUUGUUACUUUUGCUUCUGGGGUUCUCAAUAUAAACCGAAAGACACGAUACUCACAGUCAAUCAUUGAGGCAGUUUAGCCAUUUCAAUAUUUAAAGGGUUAGUUCACCUAAAAAUUUAAACUCUGUCAUUAAUUACUCAC